AUGUCGUUGUCACUGGUAAGUACGUACGGACCCAACCCUUCCAACGUGCGUGCGCGCAGCACAAAGCUGGGGGCAAGUCCUACUGGCGACCGUAUCCUCUAUGCCCAAGGCCGUACCGUUGUUCUUCGCGAUAUGAAGCAGCCACGUAACACGGUCUUGUAUGCUCAGCAUGCACAUCCUGUCACAGUCGCACGUAUGAGCCCUAGCGGGUUCUACGUCGCUAGUGGCGAUGUAUCUGGCAAAGUACGGAUUUGGGAUGUCGCAGGUAGCGAGCAGAUGCUCAAGCUCGAAGUCCAAGCCUUGCAAGGGCGCAUCAAUGACUUGACGUGGGACGGCGAAAGCAAGCGGUUGUUAGUCGUCGGUGAAGGUCGUGAGAAAUAUGCCCAUGCCUUUCUCUUUGACACAGGCUCGAGUGUGGGCGAGCUUAGUGGGCACAGCAAGCCUGUCAAUGCCGUAGCUGUGCGUGCCCAACGUCCGUUCCGUGCGGUGAGUGCGGCUGAUGACAACCAUGUCUUGUUUUACACAGGUGUGCCGUUCAAGUACGCGCGCACGCUCACGAACCAUACCCGCUUUGUCCAGGAUGUGGCCUAUGCCCCGAAUGGUGCGACGUUUGCGUCGGCCGGGGCGGAUGGUCGUUUGUUUGUUUACGACGGUACCAGUGGGGACAAUAUCGGCGAACUGCGUGACGAAGCGACUCCUUCCGCGCACCAAGGCACCAUCUUCGCCAUCUCGUAUGCACCAGAUUCUUCUUUGUUGGCCUCUGCAGGAGCGGACGGCUACAUUCGCGUAUGGGAUGUGGCAGGUCGUCGUCUCCUUACCGCCUGGCAGUCGGACGAAUCGGAUCGCGUGCAUGCUCAGCAAGUCGGCCUGACAUGGACACAAGAGGCGUUGGUGGCGUUGAGUUUCGGUGGGACUUUACGCUGUUUUGAGGUGAGCGAGUCAUUGCAGCUCGUGCAUGCCCUGGUCGCGCCUGAGAUGGGCGUCGUUGGCUUGGGUGUGACACCACAAGGCGUCGUGGCAGCCUCACGUGAAGGCCGUUUGUAUACCUACGCCGGAGAGGAAGUCACACGUAUGCCGGCACACGCACCGCUGCCUAGUCUCGUGAGUAUGGCGUCGUAUAAAGACACUAUCGCUGUCACGGCGCUGGAUGAUGCUGUGCGUUUUCUCUCGUCCUCCCAAUUGGACGAAACACGAUGGGCCGUCUCUGGACAGCCACGCAGUGUCGAUGUCAGCACCAAGGCCACAGCGGUGGCUACUAGUGCAGGUAUUGAUUUGGUGACGCGUACUACGACGACGCAUGUGUCGCUCGCGCAGCUGGGUGUACCGAGUGCGUCGUGCAUCGCUGUAGCGCCGUCCGGUACCUACCUUGCUGUGGGUACCGACGAAUCUCGUGUGAAGCUGUACCGUUGGAAGGACGCUACGUCGUUGGAGAGUGUAUGUGAGCUGACGAAUGGACGCAGUGCCAUCACAGCCAUGGCCUUCUCGCCCGAUGCCUCGUUGCUGGCGGUAGGCGAGAGCAAUGGCAAAAUUUUGGUGUAUGAUAUUGAAGCCCAGCAAGUGAAGCUAUCGCAUUGGGUAUUCCAUACUGGCCGAGUCUACUCGAUUCGAUGGUCUCCUGAUGGCGCGUACGCUGUGAGUGCUUCUCUCAGCGAUACACAUGUGUAUGUAUGGUCGGUCGCCAAGCCUAUGAAGCAUGUAGCCUACAAAAACGCGCACGCUGGCGGUGCGCAUGCAGCCGUAUGGAUCAACCAUACGACCAUUGCAACGAGUGGUGCGGAUGGCGUAGUCCGUGAGUUUACGUGGACCCCGCUCUCUUAG